AUGGCUUCUAUUAUUGGCAAGCCGAGGGUGUACACCUUGACAGCAAAAUGGUGUACAAAAGGCAAUGUUAAUUUGGAGACAAUUUAUUCUGAUCUUCCGAAUUUCAUAAAGGAGAUGAACUGGCAAUCAUGCCGAGAAGACCUAGAAUGGAUAAUAAAACACAACAUGGCAUUAACAGAUAAAGAAAAGGAUAGUCUUGAUUCUAGUACUCAUCCACACAUACUAGAAAUAGUUCAAGAGGAGAAAGGAGUGAGACCAAAAGACGAGGCUUCACCUGGUGACGAAGAACAAAAGCUAAAGGCCUUUUCUUCAAAGCAUCCUAAAGAGCCAAAUAAAGCAAACUACUGUCACCUUGACUGUGAAUAUAAUAUUAACAUGUAUCUGCCUGACUCGUUUAUAGAUUGGUUCAACAUCGGAGAUGGGAAGCGAAUAAGAUCUAUUGAACCACAAAAGAAAGACCAACGAUGGAUUUUCGUACCCUCUUUUCGCAGGGCAAAGAUUGCCUUAAUGAAGUGGCCAAGUGAUGAUGAUCAGGAUGAAGAGGAGGACGAUAACGACGAUGAUGAAGGUUACAAAGAUGAUGAUUUUGACAAUGAUGAUGUAGAUGAUGAUGACGAUGAUAACAACGGCGAUGAGGAUGGCGAUGACGAUUCUGGUCAUGAUUGCGAAAUUAUCACCGAGGACUCGACUAUCAGGAUUCUAGUAGUCACGCCUUUUGAGUUCGACAAGUACGUGAGGAAUCAUGGGCACAGGUUCCCUGUUAUUAGCCUCCCACAUAGGGAAAUCGGAGCGGGUUACGCAAGAUUUUGGAUCCUGAAAAUUGCAUUACGUUUGAAGUUGCAUUUCAUUUGGAUGAAUGAUGACAGCGUCGAAUGCUUCUAUGAAUAUAAUCCUCAAAGUAUACCAAAAUCGUAUAUUGAUGAGAAGAGGCGCCGACCAUUUGAACUUGUCUUCAAGCGAAUUGAAAAGCUAGUAGAAAAGUUACAAAAGGAUAAUUACCCUAUUGCAGCAAUAAGUCCAAAGCGAUUCAGGACAUUUCGAGGGCCGUUGAAAAAUCCGUUCGUUUGUUCACCUCCACGGAUCGCCGUGUAUCUUAACCUUCAGUUACUCAAGGAAAAGGGCGUUUACUACAGACCAGAACUUCCAGUAUUUGAGGACAUAAUCUUUGGAUAUGAAUGUGAACAAAACAAGCUAAAAGUUUUCAUUGACAACCGCAUUCUACUACAAGAUCAUAAAUGGAGUGAAACUGGAGCAAGGAGUCUUUCAGUAAAACAAAAAAUGCAACAAAAAUGA